AUGCGAUUAUAUUGUGAUAGUCAAUCUGCCUUGUAUAUUGCCAAGAAUCCGGUGUUUCAUGAACGUACUAAACACAUUGAGGCAGAUUGUCAUUUUGUUCGUCAUGCUGUGACUGAAGGUCUUGUGAGUCCGUCCUAUGUUCCUACUAAGUUUCAGCUGAGCUUAGGCUAUCAAGAUCAUUACUCUAAAAGUCUCAGAGGCUCAAAGUUUUGUUUUUCUGAAAUAUGGGAAAAGAUAAAGGAGAACAAACUGGAAAUGAAAACUCCACAAAAGCAUCAGAAUAGCUUUGGGGCCAAGAAUAAACUAGGUUUUCUUGGAGGGAAACAUCCUAAGCCUAUUUCUGGUGAAGAAGAAAUGCAGAAGUGGGAGAGAUGUGACUACAUGGUUAGGUCAUGGAUGCUGGCUACCAUGAAGCCAGAUGUGGCAGCUAGCUUGGUGAAUAUGCAAUCAACCAAGCAGCUUUGGGAAGAGAUAGUUGAGAGAUUGCAGAUUGGAAGGAAUCCCAGAGUGUACAUGUGGAGCAAUGUCAAAUGUUCAUGUGAACUUACAAAAAAACUGAUGGAAUUACAAGCCACUGAAAAACUAAUAAAAUUUGUGAUGGGUCUUAACACUGGCUAUGACCAGAUGAAGUCGAAUCUUUUAAGCACUGAUCCAUUAGUGACAGUGAACAAAGCCUAUAAUUUGGUUCUGCAAAUUGAAAGGCAGAAACAGAUUACAGGAGAGAUGACAGCAGCCUUGGAAGCCAGUGCUUUGGCUGUGAACAGACAAGUUCAAAGCAGGAGUUUGGGGCCAUUGAAGAAUUUUCAGAAGAAGGAUUAUUUUAAGCAAUUCAAGAUAGAAAAGAUGGGAGAUUUUGUGAUCAUUGUGGGAAGAAAGGUCACAGCAAGGAAGAAAGCUUCAAGUUGUAGGAUAUCCAGACUGAAUGGAGAAGGAAGUGGAAUGAAACAGGACAACAAGUUCAUCAACAACCUGGUGCAAGAAGUCAUCAAAGUAAUGACAGAAAAGCAAGGAGAAGCAAGCAGCAGCCAAGCAAAUUUUGCAGGUAAACUUAGUAAUUCUAAUGCUGUUGUCAAUAAGGUUAAUGCAAAAUGUGGAACAUGGCUCAUAGAUUCUGGAGCCAGUGACCAUAUGACAGGUGAUAAUAUUACACUUAAAAAUGUUCUGUAUAUCCAUGAUUUUAAUCAUAACUUACUAUCUGUUGCUAAAUUGUUGAAGGACAAAAACUUUCAGAUGAUCUUUAAUAAUUAUGGAUGCAUAUUACAGGACCUUUCCAUUAGAAGAAAUAUUUUUCUUGGAAAGAAGGAAAGUGACCUCUAUAAGCUUCAGAGAGAUGAUGAAGAGAAGCAUGAUGGAAUCUGUUUGAAAACUGCUGUUGAUGAUACAGUGAUGCACUGUAAUAAUGUAGCUAAUCUAGAUCUUAUACAUGCUAGACUAGGGCAUGUUUCUUUAUCAAAGAUGCAACACUUAGACAUUUGCAAAUGUAAGGGUCUUAAAGACUAUUUCUGUGACACUUGUUCCAUUGCUAAACAUCACAAGUUGCCUUUUUCUCCUAGUAAAUCUAUUGCUUCUCAUAUCUUUGAUCUUAUACAUGUGGAUUUAUGGGGUCCUUAUAGGACAAAGGCUUUGACAGGGGGUAGUUAUUUCCUUACCAUUGUGGAUGAUUACAGUAGAGUCACUUGGACUCAACUGUUAUCUAACAAAGAACAGGUUAAAAGCACUUUGUUGAAUUUUUUUAUACAUGUUGAGAAUCAUUUUGAAACUAGAGUCAAGACUCUUAGAAGUGACAAUGGAACAGAAAUCUUCCAAGCUGAGUGCAGGCAAAUAUUUUGUGAGAGAGGAAUCACUCAUCAAAGGAGUGUUGCAGGGGUUCCUCAACAAAAUGCCAGGGUAGAGAGGAAGCACAGGUUCUUGCUUGAAACAGCAAGAGCUUUGAAAUUGCAUGCAGAACAACCUUCUGACAAGGAUAUCUUUGACUAUGAUGAUUUCACUAACAUCCUUCAUCCAGUUGAUGAUGAAGGAACCAAUGAUGAUGAUUUUGCAGGACUGGAACAGCUGGAGCAGGAGUUGGUUAAUGAAAAUCAACCAAUUCCUUCAGAGGACUCUCUUCCAACUACUGUAACAAGGAAGUCUUCCAGACAAGCUGAAGUUCCCAACAGAUACAAGGACUACAUUUAUGAUAUUCCAGGAAAACAUCAUACACCUCCUAAUGAGACUUCCUGCUGUGCUGUAGUGGACCAGAUGAGACAAACAAAAGAGUUUGCUGAAGAAUAUUUGAGCUACAUGAAUAAUGUUCUCAGAAGUAGAGAGCCAUUACAUUACACAGAAGCAGCAAGAGAUGAAGGGUGGACUAAAGCUAUGCAGGAGGAACUUCAAGCCCUUGAUGCUAAUGAUACUUGGGAGCUCACUCAACUUCCUGCAGGAAAGAAUGUUAUUGAUAGCAAGUGGGUAUACAAGAUCAAGUUUACUCCAAAUGGUGAAAUUGAUAGGCUCAAGGCCAGACUUGUGGCUAGAGGUGAUAAACAAAUUGGAGGGAAGGAUUAUAAGCACACCUUCUCUCCUGUUGCUAAGUUCACCUCUGUUAGGACUUUGAUUGCUCUAGCUACCAUUCAAGAUGGAAUUUACAUCAUCUAG